CCAAUUGAUUUCAAAGUCCAAGAGUAAUGGGUGCCAAAAUUGCACUCUUUGCUUUCUUCAUGUUCUUUGCUUUAUGUUCUGCCACCCCAACGAAACCAUAUACACCAUGCAAAAACCUUGUCCUCUACUUUCAUGACGUGCUUUACAAUGGAGAAAACGCAGCCAAUGCAACAUCAGCAAUAGUAGCAGCUCCACAGGGUGCUAACUUGACCAAAUUGGCACCUCAAUUCCACUUUGGAAACAUAGCAGUGUUCGAUGACCCCAUCACAUUAGACAACAAAUUUCACUCUAACCCCGUUGGAAGAGCACAAGGUUUUUACAUUUACGACACCAAGAACACUUUUACUGCUUGGCUUGGAUUCACGUUUGUUCUUAACAGCACAGAGCAUCAGGGAUCAAUCACGUUUGCUGGAGCUGACCCGAUUCUGCAGAAAAGCAGAGAUAUCUCUGUUACUGGUGGCACUGGAGAUUUCUUCAUGCACAGGGGAAUUGCUACCAUUAUGACUGAUGCCUUUGAAGGCGAGGUUUAUUUCAGACUUCGUGUUGAUAUCAAGUUCUAUGAGUGUUGGUGAUCGAUCAUAUGAAAAUUUCUUCUUACUAGCUACUAAAUUAUCAAAUUAAUUAAGCUAAUUAAGGUCCCUUUUAAGUUUUGCUAAAUAAGUGUGUUCUGGAUUGGCUUAGUCACUUAUAUAUGACUACUUCCAUUCCCAUCAAUAUCAAUAUCAAUAUCAAUAUCAAUAUAUAUUAGAAAAGAAUAACUUCUAGCAU